AUGAAGAGAGUUAUUCUUUUUUUGAACGGUACUGAUGUCAAUGGGAAGGUAUUUUUAGUAACACAUUGCAUAGAUGAACUUUUUAAAGAAGCUAGUAUGAAGUUCAACAUUAAAGCCAAAAGACUCUUCACCCCCCAAGGAGGGGAAAUUGAUGAUAUUAAUUUAAUAAGGGAUGAUGAUAUUCUAUAUGUAUCUAGUGGUGAAGAUUUUGCUUGGACAAGUAAAGAAUAUUCGUUAGGUAAUAAGAAUACUGAUUGGGUCACACUUAAUGUUGGAGGCAAAUAUUUUUCAACCACUAGAAGUACUUUAAUUAAUAAAGAACCUAUGAGUAUGUUGGCCAGAAUGUUCACUGAAACUGGUCACAAAGAUUGUCAACUAUUGCCUGGUAGAAGAGACAAAAAUGGAGCAUAUUUAAUAGAUCGUAGUCCAACUUAUUUUGAACCCAUCUUGAAUUACUUGAGGCAUGGACAGUUGAUCAUGGAUUCUACGUUGAACCCUUUGGGUGUUUUGGAAGAGGCUCGAUUCUUUGGUAUCGAAGGAAUUGUUAGUAAUAUAGAACAAAUGAUUCAAGAAGAGGAAGAAGAAAAAAAACAAGGACCGCUCACAAGAAAAGACAUUUUGAAAGCAAUCAUGUCAACUCCCACUAGUACAGAGUUACGUUUUCAAGGUGUUAGUUUAAUUGGUGCAGAUCUUUCAAAAUUAGAUUUGAGAAAUAUUAAUUUUAAGUUUGCUGAUUUACGUCACUGUAAUUUAUCUUCUGCAAAUUUGACUGGGUGCUGCUUAGAAAGGGCCGAUUUAUCCGGCGCGAAUCUUGCUGGGGCCCAACUUGUAUGUGUCAAAAUGAGCUGUGCCAAUCUCGAAGAUGCUGACUUACACUCGUGUAAUUUUGAAGAUCCUGGAGGGAAACCAGCACUCAUGGAGGGUGUCAAUUUGAAAGGUGCAAAUCUUGAAGGCAGUAAUAUGGCUGCUGCUAAUCUCCGAGUUGCAACGCUUAAACAUGCUGUGUUGCGAAAUUGUGAUUUAAGAUCAGCUGUCUUAGCUGGUGCUGAUCUCGAGAGUUGCGACUUGUCAGGUUCGGAUUUGCACGAAGCAAAUCUCCGAGGGGCCAAUCUUAAGGACGCUGCUUUUGAAUUAAUGUUAACACCAUUACAUAUGUCCCAAACAAUACGGUGAUUUAUAAUUCUUACUAUGAAGUUUAUUUUGUAAAUUGGAUCAAGUAUCGAAAAAAACGUUAGUUAUACUUAUGUUAAUAUUUUUUUGCUGUGUUCGUCGACUGAUUUAUUAUACGGUUAUUAAUAUGAUAAAAAUAAUUUAUUUUCAUAUAAUGUGAUUAUUGUUGUUACUAUUAGUAAAAUAAUUAUUAUUAUUUAUGUACUAAUAAUGUUGUAUCAUAAGUAGAUCAUUUUGUUGUAUAUGUCUGUCCAUAGAGAAAUAAUAAAAUUAUUUUUUAUAAGGUU